AUGAACACCACAUCGGACAACGCUGAACUUGCAUUCCUGUCCGCGUGCGAGACCGCUACCGGUGACGAUAAGAUGCCGGAGGAGUCCGCACACUUGGCAGCAGGCAUGCUUGCUGUCGGCUUCAAGGGUGUCGUCGCUACUAUGUGGUCGAUUCGGGACGCUGAUGCGCCAGUGAUUGUGGAAGCCUACUAUGAAAGGCUUUUGGAGCUACGGAAGAACGCUCAGGAGAUGUGCGGAACGACAGGAGCAGCCUAUGCUUUGCAUGAUGCAGUGAGAACGUUGAGGGAGAAGGUCGGCGUAAAUGAGUUCGAAAGAUGGGUUCCAUUCGUGCAUUUUGGUGUAUAG